UAUACUACAAAUCACAAACAUGAAGACUACUUUGUUUUUGGCUGUUUUGGCUUGCGUCGGUCUUACCGUCUACGGCCUAGAGGACCGCCAGCACUGUGAGUACUGUGAGGCCUUUGCUGUAAUAAUCCAGAACUUCGCAAAACAGGGAAUUCCAUUGGAAGAAGUAGAAGAAUAUAAAGAAGCAAUUUGUGCAAUGCUACCAGUGGAUUUAGCAAUAUUCUGUGACAAAGAAUUGCUUCCCUCACUCGAAAAAAUCUACAAUAAUGAAUUCAAUUCCACAUCACCUCAAGAAAUAUGUCAAGAAUUGGAAUUGUGUUAGAGACAAAUAAAAGUAAUUUUUGUUAUAUGACUAAAACGUGUAAUAUAAAUUUUAAACUAG